ACGGCUCCGGGCCGGGCCGGGCAGGGCAGGCAGGGCCAUGGCUGCGGCGGUGCUGCGGGCGCUGGGGCUGGUGCUGGCGCUGGCGGCGGGCGGCCCGGGGCGCGGGACGUGCCGGGCGGAGCCGGGCCCUCGCAGCAGCUCCGUGGUGCUGGACGCCGCGGCGGGGCAGCUGCGGGUCGUGCAGGGCUGGGAGCCGGCGGCCGUGGCCUGGGCCAACCUCACGGACCACAUCCAGCACGUCGGGUGGUCCUUCCUGGAGCUGGCCACCAAUGAGAAGUACAAUGACACUCUGCAGGCCUAUGCUGCAGGGUUGGCUGAAGCAGCUGUGUCCAAGCAGCUCAUCUACAUGCACUGGAUUAACACUAUGAUGGGCUACUGUGGCCCCUUUAAAUAUCAGACGGACUACUGUGAGAAGCUGAAGAGCUACAUAGAGGCCAACCUGGCUUGGAUGGAAGAGCAGAUAGAGAAGGGAGAGGAUUCUGAGUAUUGGUACCAGGUGCGCCUGGCUUUGCUGCAACUCAAGGGCCUUGAGGAUGGUUAUUAUGGACGAGUGGCCUUCCCCAGUGGACAAUUCUCCAUCACGCCUUUUGGAUUCCUCUUGUUCCAGUUGGGGGGUGAUCUGGAAGACCUUGAAUCUGCCUUGAACAAAACCACCAGUGCACGUGUCCUUGGCUCUGGAUCUUGCUCUGCCCUCAUCAAGCUGUUGCCAGGAAACAAGGAUCUCUUUGUGUCCCACGACACCUGGAAUUCCUACCAGUCCAUGCUGCGCAUCAUCAAGAGAUACAUGCUGCCCUUCCGUACCUCGGCCCAGAGCAACUUUGUGGUUCCGGGGAACAUCCAGGUUUUUUCAUCCUAUCCUGGCACCAUCUUCUCGGGAGAUGACUUCUACAUCUUGAGCAGCGGCUUGGUGACUCUAGAAACCACCAUUGGGAACAACAAUGCUGCCUUGUGGAAAUACAUCAAUCCGAAAGACAGUGUCCUGGAGUGGCUACGAAAUAUAGUGGCCAACCGACUGGCCAGGACAGGGGCUGAGUGGUCGGCCAUCUUCCAGGAGUUCAACAGUGGCACGUACAAUAACCAGUGGAUGAUUGUGGACUAUAAUGCUUUCCUCCCAGGCAAGGCCAGCAUCCAGCAGGGGGUGCUGACGGUGCUGGAGCAGAUCCCGGGUCUGAUGAUUUCAGCUGACAAGACAGAAUUGCUGUACCAGCAGGGAUACUGGGCCAGCUACAAUGUGCCGUACUUUGAGGAGGUCUUCAAUGUAAGUGGCAACCUGGAACUGGUGAAGAAAUACGGUGACUGGUUCACCUAUGACAAGAACCCCCGGGCCCAGAUCUUCCGGCGAAACCAGACACUUGUCCAGGACAUGGACUCCAUGAUCCGGCUCAUGAGGUUCAACAACUUCCUGAAGGACCCGCUGUCCCGCUGCCAGGGCUGUGACCCCCCACAGAAUGCUGAGAACUCCAUCGCUGCCAGGUCAGACCUGAACCCGGCCAAUGGGACCUACCCUUUUGCUGCACUGCGCCAGAGGUCACACGGGGGCACUGACAUGAAGAUCACUUCUUACAGAAUGGCCAAGGACUACGGUCUGAUGGCUGCCAGUGGACCCACCUGGGAUGACGUUUCUCCUUUCCAAUGGAGCACCUCCCCCUAUAGCAACCUGCUUCACAUGGGACACCCUGACCUCUGGAAGUUCCCACCCAUCAAGGUUCGGUGGGACUGAAGUGGAGGCCGAUCCCACAGGGGUCAUGGCUGUGUGGCUUGGGGAUGGGGGUCGACACCCCACCAUCUUCCCAUCUGUCUCAUGCCAAACUUCGGCCUUGCCACUGUGCUUUGGAAAGUGGGUGCACUCCAUCUCCAGCUCCUUCCCCUGGAGGAAGAAGGGAAGCAUGUCCCAUCUGUCUGUCUGACUGUCUGCAGGGGGAGGAAGAUGGUAUGGGGGGAGUAGGAGGGAAACAGGAUGCUGUUGAGUACAGCGCACUUACUGGAUCAAACUGAGUCUUGGCUUAAGUGGAUGUAGUUCUCAGUGGGUGCAUCUACACGUUCAUUAAUAUGCAGUAGUUACUGUGAAUUUAAUUUAGUACUUGCUUAAUGAAGUACUAACUAAAUGCACAAUAACUUGCGCUACUGCCCAGUAGUGCCAGCGCAUGUUUUUUUCUGAUGCUUACUGUGCAGUAGCCUAAUAACACUGCGCAGUAGCAUAUUAGCAUGGUUUUUGACUAGCACACUGCUGCACAGUGUUAUUAGGCUACUGUGCAGUAAGCAUCUCAUGUAGGCAUGCCUGGUGUAACCAAUGCUGUUGCUUCUUACUGAAGCUGUGGCUUGGACUGUCCCGAGGUGCGUACCUCGGUUUUCUUCUGCAGCGUUAUCUUACCUUGCAAACCAGCUUCUCCUUCCCUCCAGAAAUGUGGCACUGCUCUUCUCCGGGCAGGUCCAGCUUCCCAUUGUGCUUCCUCCCCUGCCCUGAAGGUGUUCUGUCAGUGCUGCUUCCUUAAUACCCCUGCUUUGGAAUCUGGUGCCCAAAGUCCAGAGCUGGCACCAAAUCCCAGAAGGAGGCUGGCAGCCCCAGGAGGAGCUGCAUGCUGUGGUAGAGCUGUGCUCUCGGGGGCUUCUGCACCUCUAUUGGUGCCAGGAAGUGACAGGUCUGGGGCAUAAACUCUUGGAGGGACUCAUAGGAAGGAGUAUGUCCAUUCUUUGGACCCAUUACAGACACUCUUUGUAAUUCACCCCCUGUUGAAUGUAAACUCCAAAGCAACUGGUGGGGGCAACUGGAGAUCUGCAGCCCUUAGUCUUCCAUGAUGGGGUUUUGGGUUGCACCAGCCUAACCGUAUCUCUAGGGUGCCAAGGCAGAUUGCCCUUCCUGGGUGGAAUUGUGCGUGGCAUGUCACAUCGCUUCCCUUCACUCCAUUUGCACUGGGCUUGGAAACUGCCUUGAGAAACAAGUGGGCUGCGUGGGAAAGGGAUCUGAUCACUCUUGUUUUGUUUUGGCUGCUGUCUGACAUGCCACAUUCCCCAGGCUGCUGCUGCACUUGCUGCAUCCUCCACUGGUCCAAAAGGUGAGGUCUUAAAGGGAUUGGGGGGUAGGGCAGGGAGGGAAUCCAAUAGGAUAAUGUAGGGGGGUUGCACUGAGGAGUCCCCAGACCCUGAGAUUUCUUCCUGCCCUUGCUCUGCUUGCAGCUUUUUUUCCCUGGGAUUAGAUUCCAGUUGUGUGGGGAAGGCAUACCUGGGGCAGGUGGCUUCGCACGUUCAAGGGAAAUGGGUCACGAUUAUUCCCCAGGCCAGCUGGGUCAAAAGUGUUCCCCUUUAAAAAGGUAGGGGGGGAGGGGUGGGGGGGUUCCAUUGAACAGGCCCCUCACUGGAGUAGGACUCGGGCACUGGCACAGGCCAGUCCUGGAGGAUUGCUUGCCUCUUUGGAUGAGCUGUGGCUGGCUCCACGUUGGCCUGAUGAAUGUAUUUCUGCAACUGACUGCAAGGCCAGGCUUUAUGUAAUCAAUGCAAGGGAAGGCAUUCCUGUCUUGUGCAAUCAGGAAUCAAAGGAGCUGAAUGUUUGGUUAAUAAAAAUGGACUUGACUUGUC